AUGUCAAGUUUUGGAUUGUGGGUCAAACAAAGAUUUACACUUGACAAAACAGAAGAAACUGCUGGAAAUCAAUGGGUUAAAAUUGAAAAGAAAACUCAUUACAAAGCUUCUAUAGAAAUAGACAACUUGAACACAAAAAAUAUUAAUAGAAAAUGUCAUUUAGUAGAAAAUAAAUUAUCAGAAUUAGGCCCAUGGAGAAUAGCUGAUGUAGAGUUAAAAGAAGAAUUGGAUGAGAAUACAAUUUUAAACCAAUGGUCAAUAAGGAUUCAAAAAGAUGAUGUUAAAAUGCCAUAA